CGCUAUUUGCCCAUAAUGAAAACAUUUUAGAAUAAUCAUUUUAUUUGACGUAAAGCAGAACAGUAGCUGGAAUAGUAUAUAUACAAUACAGGAAAAUCUAGCUCCAUAUUUACAAGAAAGAUGUCUGACCAAUCUUCACAAUUAGCUGAUGGUAAAAAUCAUUGUCCAAAAGCGCGAAGAAAAUUUGUGAAUAUAGGGUCAAUGACAGGGAGAUGGAUGAAAAUCAAAUUAAAGAAAUGUUGUAAAUCUGAUGAGGAUCUUGCUCGACUUUUGAUCAAAAGCUUACAUCAGCUUGAUCAACAAAGUAGGUAUGGAGGUCAUAUUUCCAGAUACUGGAAAAGAAGAAACAUCCCAAAACAUGGUAGUCAUAGGAUUAUCGCGUUACAAACUGAUGUAUGGGCACACUGGAGAGAACUGAAACAUUCGCUUAAAAUUAAUUCUAACAGUCAACUUGCAGAUGUAUUGAUGAAUGCAUGGCAUGACAGAGCCGACUACAUACAGAAACUUUGUGAUGCCUAUAAAGCUAGUCAACAGGCUCCCAUAAAUGAGACCCAAGUGAUGGAGGUGAUGAAGAAGGAAGCUGGUGUGGCUGAAGCACCUUCGAAUGAGUCAAUGAAUCAACAUCUUGCUGAAGAUGCUCCAGUGAAUGUAGCUGCUUUGAAUGAAACUUUCAGGAAUAAAUAUCUUGUUGAUGAUGUCCUUGUGAAUAAGAGCUCAAGGAAUAAGUACCUUUUGGAAGAUGCUUUUGUGAAUGAGACCUUUAGGAAUAGGUACCUUGUGGAAGAUACCUCACUAAAUGAGGCUCCUGAUCCUAUGAAUGAGGUCAUGGUGAAGGUAGAAAUAAUGUCGGAUCAAUCAGAAAUGAUCAGCAGAGAAGUGUCACCAGAAUUUACAUGUCAAAGUGAAAAAGAAGACUGCAAUAGUGAAGAAUCAGAUGCUGACACAGAAAUUGAAGAUUUUAUGAAUUAUCUUGAAGCUGAAAAGAAAAUGAUUAAAAUAUCUGAAGAUCCUUCUGAAGAUAAUGCAGAAUUAGGAAACAGAAGGAAAAGCUCAAGAGUUCAGUCAAGGGGUUACAGGCCUGAUUAUGCAAGCCUGGAGUGGACAGAUGACUGUGAGAAAAACAGUGAUGAUUCUUAUGUAUCUAAAAAUGUGGUAACAAUGUGUGAGAAACAGGAUAAUGUGAGAAGAAAACCUACAGAAACAGCAGUGACAGAAGAUGAUAAACUUAUAGAUAAAACGAAAAAAAUCAAUAAAAGAAAAGUAAAUGAAGAUUCUGAUUUUUUUCCUGGUGGAAUUGAAGAUUUAGAUAAAGGUGGUAAUAGCACUGAAACAAAUGAAGACAAAGGCUACACACUGAAAAAUGAAGGUGAUAGCUUGACUGAUGGUAAAAUAUCAAAUAAAGAUAUUGAAAAGAAAAAAAGAAAAAUUGGUAAGACAGUUGGCAAAAAUUGUAAGAAAAAGAGAAAGCAGGAGGAUAAUGCAGAUUAUGAAAUUGAAGGUGAUUGCUUAACUGGUGGUAAAAUAACCAAUAAAGAUAUGGUAAAGAGAAAAAGAAAAACUGGUAAGGCAGUUGGCAAAAAUUGUAAGAAAAGGAGAAUGCAAGAGGAUGAUGCAGAAUAUGAAAUUAAAAAGAAACCAAAGGCAAAAAAAGACAAAAAAAGCGAUCAGCAUUUGGACAAAAAGUCAUGGAUUCAUAUAAAAUUAGAAGAGCAUCAGGACAAGUACAGUAAAGAAAUUGUCAAAUCAUUUGCAAGAAAAGAUCGUAAUGUUGAUUUAACAGAAGAAUUGUUCAAGUGUUUAAUAUGUGGCAAUUUCAAGUCCACAGCUAGAGAUCUUUUUGAGGCACAUAUUGAAAAGCAUGUGAAUAAGGUCCUGGAAUGUGACAAAUGUUCUUAUGUCGGUUACUCCGAAUUAGUGUUAUUAAAGCAUAAGUUUUCUGUUGGACAUGUAUCAGGAAAAAACCAGUUUAUGUGUGAUAUAUGUGGACUUGUUCUGUACACAUCAGACGCUAGAUUGUCACACAUUGGAAAGGAGCAUGGCGACCCUCAGUUUCAAUGUCGGUUCUGUGAUGAGAAGUUUGCUACAAAUAGUGGUAGAAAGAAGCAUUAUAGAACAGUACAUACUGACCUUGUCAAGUAUUGCUUCAACUGUCAAUUGGUUUACGGUCACUUAAGUUUGGAAGACUUUAAAGAUCACCAAUGUUCUUGCAAGGCAACAAAUCAAUGCCAGGUAUGUGGUACAUUGCUGGCAUCAAAAAGUGGAUUAAACAAACAUUUAGCAUCUACACACAUGAAUGUGAGAAAUUACCAGUGUUCUACAUGCCCUUAUUCUGCCAAAAAUUCUCAAAGACUUAGAGAGCACGAAUUGAGUCAUAGAAGUGAUCAUCCAUUUUUUUGUGACAAAUGUACAUUUUCAUGUGUUCAAAGAUACCAGCUAAAGUCUCACAUGAGAACACAUACUGGGGAGAAGCCAUAUAAGUGUUCACAAUGCAAGUUUGCAGCUGCAUGGAAUGUUCAGCUAAAGGAACAUGUCAAAGUUCACGGAAUGGAAAACACAGUUGCAUGUUCACAUUGUGAUAUUGUUUUUCGUAACCAAAAAGCUUUAAAAAUGCACGAGAAGAAAGAUCAUCCAGAUAUUCUUGGAAUUAAAAAGUAACGAUAGUUAUUGUUCAUUCUUGUGUUUAGUCUGUACAGUAUGUUUCUUUAUAAAUAAGGGUUUGACACAAACUAGUUAUAUUUUCGCUAAAAUGACAAGUUGAUUACUGAGAAUGGUGUACACAUUUUGCUUUGUUUUCUGUUUCUUUAUGAAUAAGUUCCGAAAGUUCGCAAAAGGAAGAGUUGAUAACAAUAGUUUAGUAAAUGUUAUGUACAUUGUAUCUGUAAUUUAAGAAAAAAUGUAAAUUUUCAAUAAAAGAAUGAAAAAAAAUCAA